AUGUUACAGCCCAGUAGUGACGAUAGCACGAUGAAAGAGAUCACUGUCUCGGGAAAUCGGGUCACGCUGAAGCCCAACGGUGGGGAUUCCUACUUCUACAGCAAGGUUGCCUGCACCAACACACAGGUGAAGGGAUACGGCGGUAUUUCCUUGCGCAUCAAGGCCAAGGCCGGCACGACCUUAUCCAUCCAGCUGGCCUCGUCGCCAACGUGCGGGGAGGACUCUGCCUUCGCUACCAAGACAUCAAAGGAACUCGGGUGGACAUUCAACGGCGAAGAGAAGCUCUACAGCAUCCCCUUUUCCAAGUUCUCGGGUGCCGACCUAUCAAAGAUGACAACAAUUCUCUUUGGUUCGUUGUCCUCGGAUGUGACUUUCGGCCCGAUGGCUUUCUACUGCGGCAACACACCAUCUGAGUAUAUUGUCGCGACUCAACCAACCGACACUGCUGCUGUCUCAACCGUCCCUGCCCCGAGCAGUACUGGCUCGGUCAAGAUUGUUGAUAAUUUCUCAAAGAAGGACUCCAACUCUCUUGGCUACUGGCAUGGAGGUGACGUCGAUACUGCUCUCACUUGGGGCACGAACAGGGUCACCAUCAAGGCGCCAGAUGCCGACUUCUCCUUCUACACGCAGCUCUCCGAUAAGUGUGCCGAUAUGACCGGCUAUGACGGUUCUUAUCUCCAUGUGGCCUACUCUGGAAGCAAUAAGUUCUCGAUUGCUAUGCAACAGCACAACCAAGCUUGCGACGAGACUGCCUCGCCCUUCCCUGAGACAUGGGAUUCUCUUGAGGCUGCACGUUACGCAACUGGCAACGAUAUCUACAUUCCCAUCUCGCACUUCAACAUCCAGCGGAAGCGUGCGAUAGGUAUCGCUUUCAAGGGUUUCUAUACCAACGAAGCUGUCACCUUGACAAAGGUUGAGAUCGUCCCGUCCGUCCCAGCCAAGGUUCUGAUCCCAGAGAAGCUGCCGUCUGGGAAUCUCAUCUUUGCGUGCAAGCGUCCCAACUCGAUCGCCUUUGCUAUUGAUGAUGGCGACCCGAAGUUCGCCCAGGAGGUCAUGGAGGUCAUCAAGUCGGAGAACAUUAAAGUAACCUUCUUCACGGUCGGUGCACCUCUGCGGGACUCCAGCACCAAUUUGAGUGCCAUCUACAAGGACAUGAUGAGCCAGGGCCACCAGAUCGCCCUUCACAGCUACACGCACCCUCGUAUGGAGGGUCUGCCUAACAAUGACGCGAUAUCUUGGGAGUACGACCAGGACAUUAAGGCUGUUCAAGACAUGUUCGGUAUCACUACGAAGUACUUCCGACCUCCCUUCGGUAACGAGGGUGCUCGCAUGCGUCAGCAACUCGUCCGAUCCACUAAGGACGACAACCCUUACAUCGUCAACUGGAACAUUGACGUCGAGGAUUGGCUCUAUGCUCAGUCGGACACUCCCGAGAAGCAACUGGACUCUUUCCAGCGUGACCUGGACAAGGGCGGCUCCCUGGUUGUCAUGCACUACCUGUACCCCAGCACCGUCUCCUACUUGAGGACAUUCAUUCAGAAGGCGAAGGCAACUGGGAAACAACUGAUGAGAGUCGAUCAGUGUAUGAUGGAUCCUAAUGCCCCCCCUUUGUAG